CUAUUAUCAGUCAUAACAUAUCCAACAAACAGUUACAAAUUUUGUGGGAGAAAAGAAAAUUUCUUAAAAAUGUAUUCACUAAAAGUAUUAGUAAUUGCUGCCAUAAUGAUAGGAGCAAGCAGUAGGAGUGUUCCUAAACAAAGAAUAGGAUCUUAUGUACUUGAAGAAGAUGAUCACAUGUUAGUAUACGCUUUAGAAGAUGAUUCAUCUGAAGCAGUAAAUACUAGAGAAGAUGUACAACCACAAAGAGUUAGAAGACAAGCACAUGGAAGUAUAAACACAAACCCAGAUGGAAGUUCAAAUGUAGCUGCAAAGAUACCAAUAGCUCGAGGUGACAGUAAUGUGUUGAGUGCUAUCGGUUCAGUCAAUGCAGCAAACGGCAAGGGUGGUUUCAGCUCAGCUGGAGGUGGUUUGGCUUGGGACAAUAUUAAGGGCCACGGAGCAACAUUAACGGCGAGCCGCAUACCCGGCGUUGCUGACCAGCUGACCGCAGCCGGUAAAACCAAUCUGUUCCACGAUGACCACCACGAUAUCACUGCCAGUGCUUUCGCUACAAGAACUUUCCCUGAUAAACCCAACUUUCCCACAUUUGACACUUAUGGUGGUAAAGUUGGAUACACAUUCAAUGAUAAAAUCGGAGCGUCCCUUGGCGCGGCGCACACGGACCUUUUCAAGAAGACCGACUACUCGGCGAUGGGCAACCUGAACCUAUUUAAGGACCGCACCUCCUCGCUGGACCUGAACGCUGGCUGGAGCAAAUCCGUCUCCCCCUACAUACCCAACAGCAGAUGGGAACCCAGUGGUGGUCUUUCUUUCACCAGAUUUUUUUAAGAUCUCCAACU